UCCUGGUUUCAUCCCCAUCUCCCCCAUUCUCUCUUCUCUCCCCGUGACCCAUCGAGUUCACCCGCCACCACCGGAGGAGCGGCGGCGGCGGCGGCGGCGGAGGAGGUAUUGACGGCAGCGACACAAGAUGGCGAGGAAGCCGCUGGACUACGAUCAGCUGAACGAGAACGUCAAGAAGGUGCAGUACGCGGUGCGCGGGGAGCUCUACCUCCGCGCCUCCGAGCUCCAGAAGGAGGGCAAGAAGAUCAUCUUCACCAACGUCGGCAACCCGCACGCCCUCGGACAGAAGCCGCUCACCUUCCCCCGCCAGGUGGUGGCCCUCUGCCAGGCUCCGUUCCUGCUCGAUGAUCCCAACGUCGGCCUCAUGUUCCCGGCGGAUGCCAUCGCGCGGGCCAAGCACUACCUCUCCCUGGCGCCCGGCGGUUUAGGUGCUUACAGUGAUUCCCGUGGUAUCCCUGGAAUUAGGAAGGAGGUUGCUGACUUCAUCCAGAGGCGUGAUGGAUAUCCGAGUGAUCCAGAACUCAUUUACUUGACAGAUGGUGCUAGCAAAGGUGUGAUGCAGAUGCUGAACGCCAUUAUCAGAAACGAGAGAGAUGGGAUUUUGGUCCCUGUUCCUCAAUACCCACUUUAUUCUGCUGCCAUUUCCCUCUUUGGUGGCUCCCUGGUCCCAUACUACUUGGAAGAAGAGGCUAACUGGGGCCUUGACUUUGUCAAUAUCCGACAAACAGUGGCGGAGGCACGGUCAAAGGGAAUCACUGUUCGAGCAAUGGUGAUUAUCAAUCCGGGAAAUCCCACUGGCCAAUGCCUUAGUGAAGCAAAUAUAAAGGAACUUCUGCAAUUUUGCUACCAUGAAAACUUAGCUCUGCUUGCAGAUGAAGUGUAUCAGCAGAACAUUUAUCAAGAUGAGCGCCCGUUUAUAAGCGCAAGAAAGGUUUUGUUUGACAUGGGUCCACCACUAAGCAGGGAAGUUCAGCUUGUUUCUUUCCACACUGUGUCCAAAGGGUUCUGGGGAGAAUGUGGACAACGUGGUGGAUACUUUGAAAUGACAAAUCUUCCCCCAAAGACAGUAGACGAGAUCUACAAGGUUGCAUCAAUAGCACUGAGCCCAAAUGUUCCUGGGCAAAUUUUUAUGGGAGUGAUGGUUAACCCUCCAAAACCUGGUGAUAUCUCAUACCUGAAGUUUGCUGCUGAAAGCAAGUCCAUCCUAGAGUCUAUGAGGAGGAGAGCACGCAUGAUGACAGAUGGUUUCAACAGUUGCCGAAAUAUCGUGUGUAAUUUCACAGAAGGAGCUAUGUACUCUUUCCCCCAAAUACGCCUUCCACCAAGAGCGAUUGAGGCAGCGAAAAGAGCCGGCAAAGCACCAGAUGUUUUCUACUGCCUCAAGCUUCUGGAAGCAACCGGAAUUUCCACUGUCCCGGGAUCUGGUUUUGGUCAGAAGGAAGGGGUGUUCCACCUCCGGACAACUAUCCUUCCUGCUGAGGAAGACUUCCCUGCCAUCAUCUCGAGCUUCAAGAAGUUCAACGACUCAUUCAUGGAUCAAUACGAGGGCUACUCCAGGAUGUGAAGAGGAACAUACACAA